AUGGCAUCCGAUCGCGAUAUCCUCCCAGACGAUGUCAAGCCCAGCAACUAUGCCAUCUCCCUUAUGGAUCUCAAAGCUGGCGAGCCAUGGACAUACCAAGGCAAGGUGGACAUUGAGCUCCACGUGAAGAAGGCUACCAAGUCCAUUACAUUAAACACCUUUGAAUUGCGUGUUCACGAUGCUCAGUUUGUUUCGGACUCUGGAAAGACAUCAUCUGCGAUCAAGGCCUCUGACAUCUCUCACGACCUCAAGAACCAGCGAUGCACUUUCACAUUCGAUCAAGAGCUGCAGCAAUCGCCAGCGGCCGUUCUCUCAAUCACAUUUGAGGGUGUCAUGAACAACCACAUGGCUGGCUUCUACCGCUCAAAGUAUCAGCCAACUGUGGAGGCUUCAAAGGGAGUGGCACGGGACAGUCAGAACCACUACAUGUUCUCCACCCAAUUCGAGAGCUCAGAUGCACGCCGUGCUUUCCCCUGCUUCGACGAACCCAACCUGAAAGCUACGUUUGAUUUCGAGAUGGAGAUUCCAGAAGAUCUAGUAGCUUUGAGCAACAUGCCCGAGAAGGAGACACGCAAGAGCAAGGAGGGCCACAAGAUUGUCAGCUUCGAUCGGACUCCAAUCAUGUCGACGUACCUACUCGCUUGGGCGUUUGGUGACUUCGAAUACGUGGAGGAUUUCACGAAGCGGAAGUACAAUGGCAAGAACUUGCCCGUCAGAGUGUACACAACCAAGGGCCUAAAGGAGCAGGGCAGGCUUGCUCUUGAAAGCGCACACAAGAUUGUCGAUUUCUAUUCCGACAUUGAGUACCCGCUUCCCAAGGCGGAUCUCUUAGCUGUUCACGAAUUUUCUCACGGAGCCAUGGAGAACUGGGGUCUCGUCACCUAUCGCACUACUGCCGUUCUCUUCGACGAGUAUGCUUCGGAUCAAAAGUACCGCAACCGCGUCGUGUAUGUUGUGGCCCACGAGCUCGCUCAUCAAUGGUUUGGUAAUUUGGUAACCAUGGACUGGUGGAACGAGCUUUGGUUGAACGAAGGCUUCGCGACUUGGGUCGGCUGGUAUGCUGUGGACCAUCUCCACCCGGACUGGGAUGUCUGGGGCCAAUUUGUCACCGACAGCAUGCAAAUGGCUUUCCAACUUGACAGUUUGAGGACCUCCCACCCAAUUGAAGUUCCCGUCAGAAAUGCGCUCGAGGUCGACCAGAUUUUCGAUCACAUUAGCUACCUCAAGGGCAGUUCUGUCAUUCGUAUGCUGGCAGCCCACCUCGGCGUUGAGGUAUUCUUGAAGGGCGUGGCGGAUUACCUCCAGAAGCACAAGUACUCCAACGCUACCACCAGCGAUCUGUGGGCUGCUCUCACCAAGGCAUCUGGUCAGGACGUGACGACGUUUAUGGAUCCCUGGAUCCGCAAAAUCGGCUUUCCAGUGGUGACUGUGGCAGAAGAGCCUGGUCAGAUCACAGUGAAGCAGUCAAGGUUCCUCACGGCGGGUGAGGUUACGGCAGAAGAAGACGAGACUACUUGGUGGAUCCCGCUCGGCUUGAAGACUGGCCCGGAAGCGACUGAUGCCAAGCGCGAGCCCCUAACGACGAAGACUGACACCAUUCGCGACCUUGACACAUCUCUGUACAAGCUCAACUCGGAUCAGACCGGCUUCUACCGCACCAAUCUGCCACCGGCGAGACUGGUGGAGCUGAGCAAGAACCUGACCAAGCUCUCUGUCCAGGACAAGAUUGGCCUUGUUGGCGAUGCUGCAGCACUAGCAGUCGCCGGCGAGGGAACGACCCCAGCUGUUUUGUCUUUCCUCCAGGGCUUCGAAKUUGAAACCAACUACCUUGUAUGGAGUGAGGUCCUGUCCAGUCUUGGCAAGAUUCGGUCCAUCUUCUCAUCUGAUGCCGAGGUCUCGAACGGACUUCGUCAAUACACUCUGAAGCUGGUCACUCACGCGACAGAUAACAUUGGCUGGGACUUCGACGCCUCCGACGACUACCUCAAAGGGCAACUGCGGGCUCUUCUCAUUUCCUCUGCAGGUCUCGCCGGACACGAGAGGGUCGUCGCAGAGGCACAGAAGCGUUUCAAGUCGUUCACCGAUGGCGAUGCCAAGGCCAUUCACCCAUCUCUUCGAGCAGCCGUGUACAAGAUCUCCGUCAAGAACGGCGGUGAGGAGGCAUACAAAGCCAUCCAGAAUGAGUUCCUCACGACCAAGUCCAUUGACGGCAAGGAGAUCACGUUACACUCCAUGGGCCAAGUCCAGAGCGCGGAGCUGGCAGCCGACUACCUCCAAUUUGCAUUUGCCGGCAACGUCGCCAUACAAGAUCUUCACUCUGUCGGUGGGGGUUUGGGCAACAACUCCAAGGUUCGCGACACCGUGUGGGAGUACAUCAAGUCRAACUGGCCUAUGAUCAGGGRGAAGCUUGGCGGCAACAUGGUUGUUCUGGAGAGGUUCCUCCGAAUGUCAUUGCUUAAGUUUGCCUCUUUUGAGGUCGAGAAGGAUAUUGAGAAAUUCUUCGCCGACAAGGAUAACACUGGCUAUGACCGUGGCUUAGCUGUCGUCAGCGACACCAUCAAGGGCAACGCUCGAUAUCGUGAGAGAGACCUUGAGAUCACGCGUGAGUGGUUGAAGGCUCACGGCUAUGGAAAGUAA